CUUUGGUGGAACUCGACCGUCCAGGUGUAUGUGGAUGUUACAGGGAUAGUACUGGUGCCUGACAAAAUUAAUGUGGCGCCUUAAGGCCUCAGGCUGUCAGGUAUUGAAGGGAUCUUACAAUUCAUUCAUCAUCACAGCAAAUGUUCCGUUCAGAUGCCACUCAUGCCAGGACAUAUAAACCUAAUUCAAUUCAUCCUCCGCAUCCCCUAAUACUUCCUUCGCCAGCAUCAUUUAGAAAGUCCCAUAGAUACUUUCCGCCGACACAUUCAAGCACUUUUCAACACCAUGGACUCCUUCUCCGGUACUCCAUCUUCAUCAGACCCGAAAGCCGCCCUCAUCACACAAGUCCGCCAGGAGUCCGCUUUGUCCAAUGCCAGACAACUCGUCGAGAAAGUGAACGAGCACUGCUUCGAGAGAUGCGUUCCGAAACCAUCCACAUCAUUGAGUAGCGGCGAGACAUCCUGCUAUAGCGCCUGCAUGGAGAAGUAUAUGGCUGCCUGGAACGUCGUGAGCAAAAGCUACAUCACGAAGCUCCAGCGUGAGCCCUCAAUGUCAUAGGGAACAUCUUAUGAGAUUCCGCCCUUGGUUGGAUAUGUAUAGCGACGGGGACUCGCUUGGAUUUUCUUCAUGGUUUGCAAACGGCAGGCUCUAGAGGGACAAGGGAAGGCUAGACUUGAUCAAUGCUUGUCGGCGUUUAUACGCCAAGGAGUAUACAUGUAACAUUGCUGUACAAUAUGACCCGAUUCCUCCGGACAGGACCCGGGCUAUGGGGCUCGGACGAAAUGAAGAACUCCGCGCUAUGCGAUAAACAGUCACCCUUCGUCUGUGUGCUACUACUUCCAGAAGACCGAGAUCCGGGUCUGGAAUCCCCUAUUUUUUCACAAACGCUUUCUGCCGGUCCGCAUAUUCCCGAACCAUGAUUUCGCACUGCAUGUCACCACAGAGCCGCUUCCGUCGGUUCAAAGGCAGUUUCUCGGCAAACUCCAGGCCGCUCGCUUUCUCGACCAUCUCCAA